AUGAUUGGGAUGUUACAGCAAGCCUUUGAUGAUCCAAGAAAAGCUGUACUCAAGUUUGUGCAGGUGGAGAAUGGUCUGAAACUUUCAGUGCUCAGACAACCAGAUGCUUAUCUCAGGUUGUGUGGUGAUUUAUUUGCACCAACCAGUACAAGAUGUCUUGCUGCAUCCAAUUGCACAUCAAUGUCUUCGACUUCAGGAUCAAAAGCUCAGAAGGAAAGGGUUAUGAGCGAGUUUAUGGGUUUAACAAACGCAAUACCUGCAGAUACUUCACGGAUAUGUAAAAAAGCAGGGUAUCGAUUAGAAGCAGCGAUUGAGAUGUUUUAUCGAGAUGGAACAGCUCAACUGAAUGCUGAUCGAGCGGUUAUGAGCCGUAAAAAAGCAUUAAGUGAACAGAUUGAAGGACUUCUGAAUACUCAAUUCGAUGGUUAUCAAGAUAAUGACUCAAAACGAAUGGAAAUGGAAGGACUGAUCCAAUACUUAGAAAGCUUAAGUCUCUCACCUGAAGAACCGAGUGUGAUUUGUUUAGCACAAUUAGUUGAAGCACCAAGAUUAGGAAUCAUCGAACGAAGUGGGUUUCGUCAAGGAUGGACAAAAGUUUAUUUAGAUCAAUUGGAAGAAAACGAAACGGAUUGGAUUCGAAUCAAAACUCAAGAAGAAUUAAUUACAUUUCAAAAAGAUCAUCUUCAAAACUUAUCUGAUGAAUUGAAAGAAGAUGAUGAUUAUUUUCAAAUUAUUUAUAGAUAUGUUUUUGAUUUUGGUAAAGAUGAAGGUCAAAAAAGUUUUGCACUUGAAACUGCUGUGGCAUUCUGGGAAAUGCUUAUACCGAUCGCACCUACACCUGAUGGAGAACCCUUCAAACAAGAGUACCUAGAAUGGUGGUUUGAACUCCUAAGGUCGAAAGGUAAAGCUGUCAGUAGGGACACAUGGAACUUGUUUGGAGACUUUGUUCAACAAUUUGAUGAUGGAUUUAAAAAUUACGAUGAAUCUGGUGCUUGGCCUUCUAUGAUUGAUGAUUAUGUUGAAUUAGCUAGAACAAAAUUAGGAUCUGAAACGAUGGACACAUCAUGA